AUGACAUUCGCCCGCGUCUUCCUAGCGCUGGCGGCGGCGGCGCUGGCGUUCGGGGCGCUCCCUGAAGUGGGCAGCUUCGCUACGGGUCGUUCUCCUUCGUCUUCCCGGGGCGUCGCCCACCCUCCGCCGCGUUCCCCGCCGCCUCUGCCGCUCCAGCACCAGCAGCCCGUCGUCGUCGUCGGCUGCCCCCGAGGCGGCGGGCGCUUCGUCAACGUGACGGAGUUCGGCGCCGAAUGCCUGCCCUGGGCGGACGUGCCCACUUUCCUGGAGCGGACGCCUCAGGGCAGAGGGCUGCGAGGGCAGCGCAACUUCUGCAGGAACCCCGACGGCAGGAGCAGGCCCUGGUGCUUCUACAGGAACAACCGCGGCAGGGUUGACUGGGGCUACUGUGACUGCAGGCAAGGCUCGGUGAGACUUAGAGGUGGCAAAAACGAGUUUGAAGGCACAGUUGAAGUUUAUCUGAAUGGAAUAUGGGGAACAAUCUGCAGUAGUCAUUGGGAUGAUACUGAUGCAUCGGUGAUAUGCCAACAACUUGAACUUGGAGAAAGAGGCACAGCAAAACACACCCCGUUUUCUUCACUGGGCCUUAUCCCUGUUUACUGGAGUGAUGUACAUUGCCAUGGUGAUGAAGAAAACAUCCUGCUAUGUGAAAAAAGUAUCUGGCAGGAUGGAACGUGUCCUCAAAAUAUGGCAGCUGCUGUCGCAUGUAGCUUUUCCCAUGCUGCUGAUUUUAUCCCAGUCCGCCUGGUUGAUGGGAGCAAUGCUCACGAAGGAAGAGUAGAAGUGUACCAUGCUGGUCAAUGGGGAACUAUCUGCGAUGAUCAAUGGGAUGAUGCCGACGCUGAGGUAGUCUGCAGGCAGCUUGGCCUUGGGGGAGUUGCCAAGGCAUGGAGCCAGGCUUAUUUUGGAGAAGGCUCAGGUCUGGUGCUACUGGAUGAAGUGCGUUGUACAGGAAAUGAACUGUCUAUAGAACAGUGUCUAAAGAGCGCCUGGCAAGAACACAACUGCGGCCACAAAGAAGAUGCAGGUGUUUCCUGCACACCUCUAACAGAUGGUGCGAUCAGACUAGCAGGCGGGAAAGGCAGCCACGAGGGACGUCUGGAAGUCCUUUAUAGUGGACAGUGGGGCACAAUCUGUGAUGACGGGUGGACAGAACUGAACACACAAGUGGUUUGUCGGCAGCUGGGCUUUAAGAAUGGGAAAAGCGUCUCAGAACGUUAUCUAGAAGAAAAUACUGGACCCAUCUGGCUGGAUGAUGUCAGCUGCUCAGGAAAGGAAGCUGCUAUCCUCCAGUGUCCAAAGAGGGAGUGGGGAAAGCAUGAUUGCAGCCACCAGGAAGAUAUCAGAAUAAGUUGCUAUCGAGAUAUCGACAGCCACAGAGUCUCACUGGGGCCUCCUAUCAGAUUGAUGGAUGGUGAGAAUAAGAAAGAGGGCCGCGUGGAAAUCUUUAUCAAUGGCCAGUGGGGGACAAUUUGCGAUGAUGGAUGGUCUGAUAAGGAUGCAGCUGUGGUGUGUCGACAACUUGGCUACAAGGGUCCAGCACGAGCAAGGACUAUGGCAUAUUUUGGAGAAGGAAAAGGCCCCAUCCAUGUGGAUAAUGUGAAAUGUACUGGAAAUGAAAGAUCUCUAGCUGAUUGCAUUAAACAGGAUAUUGGCAGACACAAUUGCCGCCACAGUGAAGAUGCUGGGGUGAUCUGUGACUAUCUUAGCAAGAAAGCAUCUGGCAACAGUAAUAAAGGUGAUUCUCUUGCUUCUGUGUGUGGCUUGAGAUUACUGCAUCGUCGCCAGAAGCGGAUCAUUGGGGGAAAAAAUUCUUUAAGAGGUGGAUGGCCCUGGCAAGUUGCUCUGCGCCUGAAAUCGUCUCAUGGUGAUGGAAGAUUGUUGUGCGGUGCGACUCUUAUCAGCAGCUGCUGGGUGCUCACUGCAGCACACUGCUUUAAGAGGUAUGGAAACAACACUCGGAACUAUGUGGUACGUGUUGGAGACUACCACACUUUGGUACCCGAGGAGUAUGAGGAAGAAAUUGGAGUACAAGAGAUUGUACAGCACAAAGAAUAUAGGCCUGACAGCAGUGACUAUGACAUUGCACUAGUGAGACUGCAAGGACCUGAAGAACAGUGUGCCCGGUUUAGCACUCAUGUCUUACCUGCCUGCUUGCCAGUAAAGCGAGAGAGGCCACAGAAAACUGCUCCGAAUUGUUACAUUACUGGCUGGGGUGACACAGGAAGAGCCUAUUCAAAAACGUUACAACAAGCUUCCAUUCCCCUACUUCCUAAGAGAAUUUGUGAAGAACGCUAUCGGACAAGGUUCACAGGGAGGAUGCUCUGUGCUGGCAGCCUCCAAGAGCAAAAACGUGUGGACAGCUGCCAGGGAGACAGUGGUGGACCACUGAUGUGCGAACGCCCAGGAGAAAGCUGGGUUGUGUAUGGGGUAACCUCCUGGGGUUAUGGCUGUGGAGUCAAAGACUCUCCUGGUGUCUAUACCAAAGUUUCUUCCUUUGUACCUUGGAUAAGAAGCAUGACCAAACUAUGACUAUUCCCAGCCCCACUGUCCUCUCAAUACAAAGCUGGGAUACACUGUGGAUGACACACACAUUUUAUCUGUAUGUAUAGGAUAUUAAGGUGUUUUGCCAUGAAGUAUUGUUGUCUUGGACUCAUAACUCUUACAUUCAAAGUGGGGGUAGGGUAAGCACACUUCUUUAGGGCCCCCUCUAUAGAUGAAACCCACAAACAAAUAGCACAGAUUAAAGUUGCACAAAUCAAGUAUAUCAUAAACAUGAACUACCCAUGGAUUGUUUAAAAUAUGGGUAGUCAUGAACAACCACUCACCCCCUUCCUCUUUGCUAAACAAUCCAAGUAUGUUUCUGUAUUGUUCCCUGUGAUGUCUAAACCUAGCAUUUUGAAUUUUUGAGGGAGAAAAAUUCCCCUGCAG